CAAAGGCAUAGAUCUGGGGAUGCGGGCAGCCGGGGCAACCGCAGCCGCGGUGGCUUUCUCCCGUCCUCAGCUACCCUUUGAGAACCUUAACGCGUGGAAGCCAAAGGGCCGUCACCUUCUCUUCUUCUCCGCGUCCUUCUCUCUAUCAUUUGGUUGGACUUUGCUGCCUUAGUCUGGCGGAAGCCGCCGCCAACCCGCGUCGCCAAACCCUCCAAACGGUGUGGAUGCUUCACCGUCUUUCCCCUCGACGCGCCGCCAUGUCCCUCCCCUCCCCUCGAAUGCAUCUACCGUUCGUCGUACCACUGUCAAAUCGCCCCCUUGCUUCCAACAAGACCCCCUCUACAAGUACUCAGCGGCGAGCGCCAUGCGUCUGAACUCAGCCAGAGAGGAUACUGAAAGUGAAGCUGUAUCGAGGCAGCGUACACUCAAUUCAGCUCUGGGAAAUCUAAGAGGAGGACCAAAGUGGCUGGUCUGGAGUGCAGCUCGCCCAGAAAGGCCGCCAGGAACUCUCAAUCGCUCUCCCACAGAAAGCUCUUCCUCGGUAGCGUCAAUCACUGAGACCUCUUCAAACACGCCCAUGCACCAUCCGCAUCCUCUCUCCACCUCGACCUCUCCGCAACUGCCCAACGCCGCCUCCGAAUUCCCGCACGCUUCUCCGGCUCCGUGCGCCUUGCCGUCACCAGCUCCUAGCGAGAACCAUGCCCAGGCGGUUGAAGUAUCCGACAGCAGCACAUCAACUUCGAGAAAUGGGAUGGAGAAAGAGUUGGUAACGUACGGGCCAACCGGUCAAACAAGAACGACGAAUACAGACAACUUCCAGGCAUCUCGGUUUAUGGAGGGUGUGCGGCAAGCCGUCGGCACUUCCCCCUGGCCUCUGGCGCAACCUCGCCAGCCCGAGAUCGCUCAGGUUGACGGCGUCCGAGAAGAUCCAAUCCCCUUCCCGCCGUGUUCAGAGAACAUAGGUCAGCAGCAGGUUCACAAUGAACCUCGUGUUCCUGUACCACCCCUGGCAGCGUUUAACCAGCAGCAAGGUCAACUCGGGAGCUUGCUGCCUCUUCAGGCCAGCAACUAUCAUGCCCAAAGUCGCUAUGCCUCGAGUGGUUCACUCACCACUUCGGUACAGCAACUGCACACUGUCCCGUCCCCAUUACAGUUACCCAGUUCUGGACCACAACCUUUAGAUCCCUUCUCCCAGGCCUAUUGUCAGCCCAUAUUAACGCAUUUCUUGGCCUUGGCGCGCGACCGGAAGUGGCAGUUUAACGUUACAGAAACCCCCCGAAUAAACCUGCUCCAGCGGGCACUCGCCGCGGAUGAUAGGGAGUAUCUGAUGAUCCAUCAGAUCUACUGUCUUCACACUCAACUGGAGCAAGACCAACUUACGACUUCUACCCAUUUGGUCCUCCGGCAGGUCUUAGGCGAUAAUACGAACUUGUCAUGCAUGGUUCGAGACUUCUUCGCCACGUUUCCUGUGACCGUCCAACAGCUGGCAGAACAGCACCCGAGAGAACACAGCCACCAGCAGGCCGUUUUCAGGAGAUUUGCGGAAAGGUCCAGCUUCUUUGAGACGCAAAAGAUGCUGUGUGUGACGAGACGUGUCCCUGUCAGUUUUGGAGAGCUUGUUCACAAUCUGGGCAUUUUUUCGCCCGUCCUACAAGACACCAUUUUCCUGCUCAUCAUGCGAUUACUGUACCCAGAGUUGCAGCCAGGGUCUCGAACCGAUCCCCGCUGGGAAGGACAAGCGUUAGCACUGCUCAACCAGAACCGACGAGAGUUUACCCCACGUUUCUUGGAAGAACUACACAGUGGCAGAGCCUACCCGGCAAAGGAGGAAUGGGAUCGUUGGUCCAUUCAGACCUCGAAUUUUGCUGUGCAGCUGGCCCAGUCGCGCCUCCCUCAACAGCAAAUGUCCGUCCCACAACAACUCGCUCGACCGCCUGGGCCUGGUUCCCCGACCCACCCAUCUACCCCGACAGUGACAGUAUUGUCACAUCAUCCGCACGUAGCCACACCUGCUGUAACCGCGCCUGUUGUGCCUGGGCCAUCGGUGGCGGCCAUGCCCCGUCAUGGAGCCCAACCCCGUCGCGGACGUCCUCCUUCAAGGACGAACUCUCUCCCGCAUCCGCCGCCUUCGCGUCCACCGCCUUCGCAUUUGCUACCUUCGCACCCGCUACCUUCGCGGUUCCCGCCACCUACCGUCUCUGCGGCACGUUCCCCGUAUCACAGGCUCGUGCCGCCAAUUGGAACGCGGCUGGACAUACAGCGUGAGCCUAAUCCCUCCCGGUUUGCUCUGCACCAAGCGAAUCUGCGCAGUCCGCUUCUCCGGCCACAGUCGGCGAGCGUCGUCCUGUACCAGCAUGUAACCGGUUUCGCCAAACCUCCAACCCGCCCAACGGAGGCCGGGCAAGGUGUUGUGACUUGGACAUUCUCCGUCUCAGACGAGGAGAUGUCGCACUUUCCCAAGGACAUCCCCUCGAAGGUUCCAGGCAAACCACCGUCGCGCAUCGUUGACGAGCACAGCAAGCUGUGGCGGCUGCGGUGCGUGAAAUGGCUGUCGGAAGAGCCGCCAAAUGACCAUGACUGGGCCACUGCGGAUACUUCGUGGAUGCCGUAUACCUAUUUCACAUUCAACGGCACGAAUCUGCACAUGAGACGAAAGGUACAUUGGGGCAAAGACCUGCCCAUAGAUUUGACGAGCUUGAUCAAGCAAGGAGACAACGUCCUGGAAAUCUCGGUGCUUGACGAAAAGUAUCUCCAGUACCGGGUGGCGAUUGAGGUGGUGUCUUUUCAGAAGCAUGAGGACAUUAAACAGUUCUGCCUCACACAGAACAGGGUGUCCGAUCUUAGGGUGACAGAGGAUAUCCGACGGAGGCUAUGCAACAGUGACGGUGGAGACGAUGAGAUUGCCAUUGUCCAGUCCCAGCUCACGAUGAACCUGUUGGACCCGAUCAGUCGCUCGGGCAUAUGUGCCACCCCCGUCCGCUCCACCGCCUGCCUGCACUACGACUGUUUUGAUCUAGAGACAUACCUUCAAUCACGCACGCGAAAGGGCAAUGUCUCCGUCGCGGACGUCUGGAGAUGCCCUAUCUGCAAAGCAGACGCGCGUCCGCAGUUUUUGAUAUUCGACGCCUUCUUGGACAAUGUCCGUCAAGACCUGGAGGAGCGGGGACUGGCCCAUACUAGUGCUAUCAUUGUUGAUAAACAUGGAGUAUGGGAGCCUAAGCCCGAGACUCCGCAGCGUGCUGCGCAGGAACCACCAGGCGGCGCCAAUGUCGGGGAGAGACAGCGUUCUAUUGCGUCUACGACUUCUGCAACGGCAGGCGCCGACACAGUAUCGAUGACGACUCCGGAGGUUGAGGUCAUUGAUCUUACCUGAGCUGGUCAGUCAUCCGAAAGGGAUUCCUGAUGUAACGUUUCCACCCUGCCAAAGGCGGGGUCUUCGACACCCAUCCAUGAUGUUCGUGUCUCGAGCGUUCACGUGAAUGAAUGGGGGUUUUUUUACACGGAGUUGAUUGGUUUGAUACCCCCUCUAUUCUGCACGUAUAUCCAGAAAAGCAUUUGGACCCGGCUGUGUCAUGGCUGCUGGCUCGCUAAGGAUGGUGAAUCGGCGGUGUUUCUUGGGUUGGGAUGUAAUAUAUGCCAGCUACUAGUAGCUCUGACACUCGAUGCGUACCGGCGAGGACCAUAUGUACUCGGAAAUAAUAGAUUUGUUACCUA